AUGUGCAUGCGGCCACGGCAGCAUCGAGCACGGAGAUACCCGAAGGCCGAACCCUUCCCGGGGGCACCGAGCCGGACGGAGAGCGAGACCGAAGCCGGAACCAGGGCCCUCCGCCUCGGGCUCAGCCCCGUCGGGUCUCGGCCGUUCCCGGAGUCGUACCGCCGCUCUCCGAGCUCAUGGCCACGCGAUGUGGUGUCCGUCGGUGCUGUGCAGGCGCUCCCCUCUCUCCCUCCCUACCUCCCUCCCUCCCCGCUGUCCGUACCUGUCGGGGUUGGGCUGGCGGCGGCUCCCGGGCGCAUCUCGGUGCUGGCGAAAACCGGGACCGAGACCGGCGCGCUCGGCCGCUCCGGCGAAAACUUUUGCCAGAGCCGCGGCGGCGGCGGCGGUGGCGACUCGGGGGGGAGGGACAGUCGCGGGGGGAGGGAUCGUGGGAGAGAAGCCUCUUCUCGCCGCCCCGCUCCUCCCGCUGGCACGGGGGGGCGGAGGGGGCGCGGCCGGUGCCCCCUCCCGGUGUUUCGACCGGCACAAGCGAAAGCUCCCGGGAGCUGCGAGCGACCGCGCGUGUCACCGCCUGUGGUCUCGGUGCUGCCUCCUCCGCUCCGUUCCGUCCCGGUGCUGAGCAGCCCAGUGCCGCCCGGCGCGGCGGCGAGGACAGCCGAUAGAUCACCGGCCCCGUGCGGGUGGGAUGCGGAGGGAUGCGACCGAGCGCGGCUUUGUCGGGUCAGCUCCGCUCCUGGCGCUGCGGAUCCUCUCGCCCCCGGCGCUGCGCCCCGGCUCCGUCUGCGCGGUGGUUCCAUCCCAGCCCCGGCGUCGGGAGACUGGCUCCGUUCCGCCCGCCGCGGCCCAAUUAGCGUCACGUCCAGGACGGAGCUGCAGCCAGCAGACACGGGCCCUUGGCACGGCUCUGCCCGGAACCCCGCGCUGCCCCGAGCACGGCCCGGCCGCGGCUCCCCCACCCGGCGCUGGGAGAUGCCCACGGGGCAGGGACGGCCCCGUUCCGUGCGGUGCUGACCGGGUGAGCCCGGAUCCCCCAUCACCUCUGCUCCUCCGGGGGUGCAGCUCUGGAGGGGAGGGAACACCGCACCCCCCCUCUCCCCUCCUCACGCGAUCAGGACGCCGCGGUUGUUCCGCUGUUUAUUUAUUAUACAUUACGGUCACAGCUAUUCCAGUUCUUUGAUCCCUCGGGGCCACUCUGCACAGCGCUGCGCGUGCAGACGGCGAUGCCCGCAGCCCCCGUGCA